CUGAAAUUGCUCUCUUUCUCACUGUCUCUCAGGUUCUCAGCCCUCUUACCGGUGAUUUCUUCUGAUCGGUUGGUCACUCCGUCAGAAGAGUUCCGAAAAUUUGGUGAUUUUCAAGGUUAUGAAGUUAAGAAUUAUCUUCUGACUUCCUCACGCAGACCACGCUGUGUCUUCGUUCCAGGUUCUAUCGUUCUGACUUCUUUCGCUGUGAUUUCUUUUACUGUGAAAAUGCUUCCUAUGAAAUCACUGGGAUAUGACAAAUGCAGAAAUAAGAGAAAAAUUAAACAUGUUGAUGAUUUAGGAGAUCAUGUUGAAAAUGAUGAUGUCUCUAAUUUAGUCAAUGAACAACCUCCUCAGUCCAUUCCCUUGGACAUUUAUGAUCCAAGUAAUUGGGAGAAUCUCAAUACAAAACUGAGAGAUCUAUUAGUUGAAAAAGGGCCUAGAAGAGAUCUUUUUGGGGAGAAAGGCCCAAAAGAUAAAUCCUCUAGAUGUUUCUCUUCAACAUUUUACACUCGUUAUUUACCAAAUGGAGAGAAACGUGAUAGAGAAUGGCUAGUUUAUUCAAAGGAUGUUGAUAAAGUAUUUUGUUUUUGUUGCAAGUUGUUUAAACGUUUGUCGCUAAAAUGUCAGUUAGCAAAUGAAGGAUAUGGAGACUGGGAACAACUUAGUCUUUUGCUCAAAGAACAUGAAACAAGCAUUGAGCACAUCUUUCACAUGAUCACUUGGAAGGAUGUGCGUCUUACAUUGGAGAAAAAUGAAACGGUGGAUAAAAUAGUUCCUGACAAGAUUAACCAGGAGAAACAACACUGGAGAAAUGUGUUGCCAAGAAUCAUUUCAGUUGUGAAAUUUCUUGUUAAACAUAAGUUCACAUUCUUUGGAACAAAUGACAGGAUUUAUCAAAAUUAUCGUGGAAAUUUUUUUACCCAAAUUGAAAUGAUUGCAGUCUGGGAUCAAGUAAUGCAAAUGCACAUUGGACGUGUUCAAAACAAUGAGAUUCGUUGUCAUUAUCUAGGUCGUAACAUUCAAGAAUUGAUAAUUUUGUUAGCUUCUGAAAUCAAAAGUGCAAUCAUAAAAAAAAUUAAGGAAGCAAAGUAUUUUUCUGUGAUUCUUGAUUGUACUCUUGAUUCAAAUGACGAAAAACAAAUUUCUUUGUUGUUACGAUCUGUAGAUGUUUCUACAAGUCCAAUAAAAAUAGAAGAGUACUUUUUAGGGUUUUUAAAUGUGUGUUCAGGCCAAGGACUUUUUGAAGAAUUGCGAAGUGUGUUAAAAUCUCUUGACCUUAAUCUGGACGAUGUAAGAGGACAAGGAUAUGAUCAUGGAUCUAAUGUGAGAGGGAGAGACCAAGGUGUACAGAAUAAGCUUUUAGAUAUAAAUCGUAGAGCAUGGUACAUGCCAUGUGGUUGUCAUAGUCUAAACUUAACACUUUGCGACAUUGUAGACUCUUGUAGUGAAGCAAAAUCUUUUUUUGGAGUGAUACAAAAUAUUUAUACAUUGUUUUCUCAUUGUUCAAAGUGUUGGAAAAUUUUGGAAGAUAAUGUAAAAGGUUUAACUCUUGAGCAAUUAACGAUCUCACAUUAUGAGAGUGAAAUUGAAAGUGUUAGAGCAAUAAGAUUCCAUGCUCUAGAAGUAAGAGAAGCUUUACUUCAAUUAGCAGAAACUGUGUCUGACCUCAAAGUGAGGUGCCAAGCUCUUUCUUUAGCAACAUAUGGAUUUGAUUUUGAGUUUUUAUUACGCAUGAUUAUUUGGUUUGACAUACUCUCUGUUGUUGACUCUGUUAGCAAAUACUUAGAAUCUAAAGACAUGCUUAUUGAUGUUGCUAUAGAUGAGGUAAAAAGGCUGAUUAAUUUCUUUGAAGAAUAUAAAGAAACAGGGUUUACACAGGCCAUGACUGUUGCUAAAGGAAUUGCUACUGAAAUGGAAAUUGAUUAUGUGUUUAAUGAAACUUGUAAAACCCGUAGAAAGAACCAUGCUGAGAAUGUCAAUGAAUCAUCUCCUGAAUCUGUUGAAGAAUCCUUUAGAAUUCAUUAUUUCUUACAUAUAGUGGAUCAAGUUAUAGGUUUAUUGAAGAGAAUGUUUGAACAGUUUCAGGCGUAUGAGGAUGUUUUUGGGUUCUUGUUUAGUUCAGAGAAGUUAAAUUCAUUGGAUGAUAAUAAUUUGAAAUCUUGUUGUGGUCAUCUUGAAUUCAGUCUAAAGCAUGGAAAAUCUUGUGAUGUUGAUGGAAAUGAUUUAUUUGAAGAACUAAAAUUCUUACAAGGGAAUUUACCAAAAGAAAAAAUGACAGCCCUUGAAAUACUAAAUUUCAUAAAAGAACUAGGUCUUCCAAAUGCAUGCAUUGCUUAUAGAAUAUUAUUGACUUUUCCUGUUACAUUGGCCUCUGCAGAAAGUAGUUUUUCAAAAUUGAAGUUACUAAAAUCUUACUUGCAAUCGCCAAUAUCGCAAGAAAAAUUAGAUGGACGAGAUUUGAUUUCUGUUGAAAAUGAUCUUCUGGAAAAUAUUGAUUAUGAAAAAUUUAUCAAUGAUGUUGCAACCAAAAUUGCAAUAAGAAAUGCUUCACAUUGAUACUUUGAUGCUCUCGCUAGUUAUUGUUUUUUUUACUUUUUCUGCAGGUUUGCACUCAUUGACUUGCUGGGGAGAUUGAAGAUGGUUAAUUCUUCUUUGGGAGAGCAGUCACGUUUAUUUCAUCUUUGGAAGUGACAGAUCGCAUUUUUCAACAUAUGGUGUUGGUUGGUAGUCACAGGAAGUUUUGGUAGCUGUCUGUAGCUGAAAGUGUCAAGGUUGUCAAAUUCAAGAUUUUAAAGUUCAGUUCACAUAUGGAAGAGAGCAUCUGGGUGAAAAGUCAAGUGUUGUGGGUGUUCGGUGGUGAUUAUCUUUCUCUGCUUUUGUUCAAGAGUUCACAAGAUUUAAGGGGUAUUGCGUUAGUUUCACCAAUUCCCAGAUCAUACACUGUUUCUGAAAAUCGUGUUGAACCAAGAUGAUUAUUGAGCCACAUUGGAGGAUGGUAUCACUAGCAGUCUAGCUGUGUGUGGCAGAUGUUCCGUUAACUCAGGAUGAGACCUUUCUACGUUUUAGUUUCACGGCAUUUAUAAUUGCAGAACACGUUGCUUCAGCUUGAAUAUCUUAUCUGAAGAUUUUCUUUGGUUCAUGUUUGUUUAGAGCUUAGACAACUAGAGCAGAUUGUAGCACUUUCUGACUCAAUAAUAUCCUGAUAUUAACGUCA